AUUCAAGCAGACCGUAAACUUGCCACGCGUACUCUCGCUCAUUCAACCGGCUUUGGGUCGCGGAUAAUGUAAACAUUCAACGAUCUCUCAGAUUUUGACACGGAUUCUCACAGUUUUUGUGGAGCGGUUCGAUGUGGUCUAGUAUGUACUCGAGUAGGAUGCCCAGAGGAGGCGGCGACAUGGCGGAUUCGGGAUCUUUUGACGACGAAGAAAUGGGGAAUGAUUUGGCUGACGGCUGGUAUGAAAACGAUCUUCAUCUUGCAGCUGAACUGGGCAAGACUUUGCUCGAGAGAAAUAAAGAAUUGGAUGAGAAUCUGCUGGCAGCGCAGCAAGAAAAUGAAGAACAAGCUAUGCAGAUUGUGUAUUUGGAGAAACAGUUGCAGAUUUUACGUGACGUUACCGAGUCCAAGGCCCACAUCUAUGAGCAGUUGGAUCUCAACGCUCAGGAGACGGAAAAGACCAAACAUGAACUGCAGCAUGAACUGCGCACUGCGCAGCAGCGGAUUCUUAGAAUGAAUGACACCAUUGAUUCCUUGGAAGUCAAGACACAAGACCAGCAGACCCAGAUCCAGCAACUCAAGGUGGCGGAGCGAGAGAGAUUGCGAGAAGGUCGUAGACAGAAGAAGAUCCUAGAGGCCCUCGGCGCGACCACGGGAGCGUAUCCGCUCCGCCGCGCCCGCAGUCACGACUUCGGUGUGGCUAACACAGAGACACUGCACGACGAGGAGCUCAUGAAUAUGCAUCAGACGAUCAGGAACCUGCAAGAGAAGCUGACGCAGAGAGAGCAGCAAAUCAACGACUCGGAGGCCGAGCUCACGGUGCUCCUGAAGGAGAACCGACUGCUGGAGGAGAAGACCAAGGAGCUGGAGGUCAGAGGUCAGAUGGAGGACAUCAAGAAGGACUACAAGUCUCUGAGUGGCGCCAACGAGGCCGUGUGCAAGUACUGUGAUAGUUUAAUCAAUGCGGAUUUUGAGGCCCUAGCUUGUGGGGACAAGGCUGGGAGAGCGGGUAGCGUUGUUGGGUCAGUGGAGGAGCUGGGAGGCAUCUCGGAGGAGGAGGGGCUUAUGAGUGCGGAGAGGCUGAACCAACUGGUUGGGCAUCCUAAACAUGAGGGCGUGUCCCUCUUAGGAGAGAUCGACGCCCAGUACCACACCCUGAUGGACAGGUACAACUCCUUGCUCCUCAGGUCCCGGUGCGGCUCCUUCCGGGAUGAGAACAUCCGCCCGCGCACUCUCAGCAUCCGGAAGAAAGCCGAGACGGGGGUUCAGACCUUAGCUGGUACCCCGACAAAAGGUGUCCAGGGUAGCCCCAUGGAUUCCAUGUUUGAGAACGGGCCGCCCGAGUACAAGAAACUCUUCAACGAGAUUUUUGAGAUUAUACACCGACCUCAGUUCUCACAAUCCGAAUCUGGAAAUGGUGGAGCAAGCUGAAAAAUGAAAAAUAAAAUGAAAUAAAGGAAAACUUGCAAUAUGUGUAUAAUCUCAAAAAAUGCAUGCAAAACAGGGUUCUUAUACAGUUAUCUAUGUAUACGCGAAAGAUAGUCGCAGAUUUUAUUGUUU